CCCCCCUGUUCUAAACACACUCUCUCUCUCUCUCUUCCUUGGUUGUCGAGUUCGGCCGUCUUCCUACGAACUUUCGAGGUGUUCCGGUCUCGUUGGUAUUCCAUUGCUGUAAUUUUUGCCCUGUUCUUGGUGAUCUUUCUUGUCUCUGUGCUUUCUUGGGGCGCUCUCUUUUGCUCUGUUCUGGUAUAUGCUUUGGCUGAUACUUUACACAUAUACUCUGUCCACUUUCGUCUUCUUUAAUUUUAGCUUGCUGUCUUCUCUUUUGCUUGCAACUCUCUUUCUCUGAUGAUUCUUUAUUGCGUCUUGUGAGGAACCUUCCAUAGUCUAGUCCGUCUCUGUCUCAAGCUCAAGAUGACCUCUCUUUCCCUUUGUGCUUGAAGAUAAAGAAGACCAACUCGGGUUUCUGGGUCACCGACAGUUGAAUUCUUUGUCGAUUCCAGUGACAAGUUCGGUGUGAAUGAUAGGAGGACCCGAGUGAAUCGAGUGUUUGGGUGGUUCGAACUGAGAUUUUGUGGAUAUGGGGUUCUUUAAAUUUAUAGCUUUUAGUAGGCUGUGUGUUGCCCUGCUAUUGUUGGCUGAGCUGGUGAGCUCGGUAGGUGGGAUUGGAGUGAAUUGGGGAACGCAGGCGACGCAUCCUCUGCCGCCUGCGACGGUGGUGAGGAUGCUGCAGGACAAUGGGAUUCAGAAGGUGAAGUUUUUCGACGCCAAUUCGAGCAUCUUGAGCGCUCUGAGCAAGUCUGGGCUUCAGGUGAUGGUGGGGAUUCCGAAUGACAUGCUCUCUUCUCUGGCGAGCAACGUUGAGGCAGCAGAGGAUUGGGUCGCGAAGAAUCUCUCUUCACACAUCUCUGCCAAUGGAGUGGACAUCCGGUAUGUUGCAGUAGGGAAUGAACCCUUUCUAUCGACGUACAACGGAAGCUACCUGAAUACAACCCUUCCCGCCCUCCAGAAUGUCCAGGCAGCUGUUGUGAAAGCCGGAUUGAGCACCCAGGUCAAAGUCACCAUCCCUCUCAAUGCGGAUGUGUUAGGGAGCUCGACAAACCUUCCUUCUGAUGGAGACUUCCGGCCAGAUAUCCGGAGUCUCAUGUUGGAGAUCGUGAAGUUCCUCAGCGACAAUGGAGCUCCUUUCACCAUCAACUUCUACCCUUUCAUUAGCCUCUACAAAGACCCCAACUUCCCGAUAGAUUUUGCCUUCUUCGACAACUCGUCAUCGACGCUGAACGAUAAAGGCACGGUAUACACCAAUGUGUUCGAUGCGAGUCACGACAUGCUUGUGUGGGCUCUGCAGAAGAAUGGUUUUGGAAACAUGUCCAUCAUUGUUGGAGAGGUCGGAUGGCCUACAGAUGGAGACAAGAAUGCGAAUGCAAAGAAUGCUCAGCGGUUCAACCAAGGGUUCAUGACUCGGUACUCGGCUGGAAAGGGGACCCCUAUGAGACCUGGCCAAUUGGACGCCUACUUGUUCAGCCUAAUUGAUGAAGAUGGAAAGAGCAUUCAACCCGGCAACUUCGAGCGCCAUUGGGGUCUGUUCUAUUACGAUGGGCAGCCAAAGUACGAGCUGCAUCUUGGUUCCACAAACUCAAAUGGCUUGGUAGCUGCAAGGGAUGUCAAAUAUCUGCCUAAGAAAUGGUGUGUGAUGUCACAGUCAGCGAGCCUCCAAGACUCGCAAGUGGCACCUAGUGUGGGCUACGCUUGUGCCCACGCGGACUGCACAAGUCUCGGGUACGGGACUUCGUGUGGCAACUUGGAUGCUCAAGGGAACAUCUCGUACGCGUUCAAUAGCUACUACCAGCAAAAUAACCAACUCGACAGCGCCUGUCAGUUCCCCAACCUAUCGGUGAUCUCGGGCAGCGAUCCCUCUGUUGGAGAUUGUAAAUUCAUUAUCAUGAUCCAGACGCAGUCCUUGAGCUUGGUUGGGAAUGCCGGAUCUCGGAUAAGAGGUAUUGUUCCAGCUGUGUUGGUGUCCUCGUUGCUGUACAUGAUUUUGUGGAUGUCAUAGCUAUUCCAUAUACUGGUACAUGGUUUUCAUAAAGGAUUGUGGCUUCAUCAUAAGUGCUGUUAACACUGCGUACACGGUUAUACCCGUCUUCAUUUUCUCGUAAAUAGACAUUAGCAGAAUUGGAAAAAGAGUUGAAUUCUGUCAAUUGAUAUUAGAACCGCUGUUAAGCACUUGCCAAAACAAGGAUACCGAAAUCAGGAAAUUCAGGUUGGGUCGCCCCAAGGUAAAAAAAGGGAGUCAUGGGUUGAUCAAA